AUGAAUGAUGAUGAAGAUAGAUCAAUAAAAAAAAACUAUUUGUAUGUCGGCAGCGUUAAACAAAGUCACAAAUUUAUGCUCAACCAAUUUAAUUUAAAGAAAGAUAAAGGAGGUCAUAGAGAACCGACAGAAUGCAUAGCUAUAUAUUCCAAUGGGGAUGGAUUGGGUUGGAAAGAGAUAUCCCAUUUCCAUUUCCACUUCCACUUCAUUGUCAGCCAUCCACCACUCUCUCUAGAGUUGUAUCCAUUCUAUCUAUCUAUCUAUCCUCUUAUCUAUUCCAAACAAAUAAUAUUUGGGUACCACCCACCACCGCAACAACAACAACAACAACAACAACAAUAA